AUGGCCUUUGUCUCCAAAUCGCGCAAAGUGCGCUUCUCCCUAAACCUCAAAAUCCACGACCUCAACAACGUACCCCUCGUCUCCGGCACUUCCUUUAUAAAAUGGCACCUCCCCGCCUCGACAGCCGCCGAACAUCGAGGCCGAACAGCCAAAUCCCCGAUUAAAGACCACCGCGUUGUCUACGAUUACGAAAAAUCCACGACGCUGCGACUAACAGUCUCCAAAUCCGGGCAACUGCAAGAAUGUAACAUAGCGUUCGAAGUUCAGCAGGAAUAUUCCGCCGGAGGCAGAGGAGAGAGAAUCACAUUAGGACAUGUGACUUUGAAUCUCGCAGAAUAUGUGAAUGCUUCAAUGGAGCCAGCGAGUCCAGGCAAGGAUGGAGAAGAGGGGAUUACGAGGAGGUAUUUGAUGCAAGAGAGCAAGAUCAACAGCACCUUGAAGAUUGGGAUCAAAAUGCAAUAUCUCGAGGGCACGAGAGAUUUCCAUGCUCCUGCAUUACGAUCUGCGCCUGUCUUUGGGGGAAUCGCAGGGAUUAUCAGUUCUUCCGAUCCAGUCAAUGUGGGCACGAUACAGCAGCGGGAUGAGGCUUUGGCGCGGGGAGUGGGAGACGGGGAAGAUGCGGCUGCGAUACCGAAUCUCUCCAUGUCUACGAAUGGGAAGGAAGUUGGGGAAAUGCAGGACAUGUAUCGCAAGACUCUCUCUGCCUUCUGGUCGAGUCAACCAGGGGAGUUAAAAGCAGAUGAAUGUAUCGAGGACAUUUUCGCUGGGGGAGAUGGAUGGGGAAAGGGAGGGAGACCAGGUGCCAUCAACACCGCUGCUGCGAACCAGCAAAGUGGAAGUCAUCCGGGUUCGGGUGCUUCCACUCCCAACAAUCCUGAAGACAACCUGAACAUUUCAACGCGAGGCGAGGCGGGCAGGGGAUCGAGUUCCAUAGGACCCAUGUUACAUCGGCAUGACUUCUCCGCAUCGAGGCAUGGCCAUCAUCAUCAUCAUAACAAAGCGCAGAGAAAAAUGGCUGGGGCAGAGGAAUUGGAUGAAAUGGAUGUUAGGGAUGAUCUGAGAGGGUGGAGGAUUGGAGAGGCGGCUCAUUCUUGA